AUGCAAGACGAGGAGAGCGGCCACCUGCAAAUGCGUACUUCUAACUCGAUGGCAGGCACGACUCCAAAAAGGCAUGUUGCACACGCUGUGCGGGGAGGGUUAAGUGUAUCGUUGGUGAGGCCUGCCAGCGCGGAAAAGUCAAUGCUCCGCAAGCGAACUAGCAGCGUUGGAAGUACCGGAAGAACGCAAAGUGUUACGCCAGGCACCAAUGGUGGUGCGGCACGGAAUAAGCUAGCGCCCUUUCCCCCAAGGUCUGCGCUGGUGAAAAACAACUCAACAAAUGAUAACGCUUUCCGAAGCCUUACACGCAAACCUCUGAUCUCUCCUCCCAUUAACCCAAAACAGGUGGAGGGGUUCCUGAGUCGUAUGCGAGAGGACGAAACACGAUACACUAAGAUACAUGAGCUGGUGUGUGAAAGUCGGGGUAUAUCAUUUCACCCGACGAAACGGUCGUAUUCUCGGGCCUCGUCGCAUGCGACAGAGCACUCAGUUGGCCCCCCGCGGGGAUGCAUCAUACGAAGUUGUCCAUCGACGCCCACGCGCAACCUUAAAUCUCCUAUGUUGCGCCAAUACACGGGGCAAAGUGACGAAAUGCAGCGGUUUUCCUCUGCGCCGGUCAACGUAAAAUUGUCUGCAGCAUGUAGAAAGAUAUUCAACGGCCAGUCGCGUGCGGUGUCAACAGCUAUGGAAGCCACGCCUGGAGCGCGAGGUGGCAAACGGUGUGGGGAUGGCCUCGCCACAAGGCCAAAAGAGCAGGCGGUGGGACAUCGUCGCCCUGUCAUCUCCGUCACUGCGACAAAAGGUGUGCCGGAAAACGGGACCGCCACCACCGCUCAUGCUGAUCGUGUAGUUCGGCGAGUCAAGAGCAUCAAGCGGCAACCGGUGUCGCCACAAAAACAGUCAUCCCUUGACACACCGCCUAUUUGUCCUCCGAGUUGGGAGCGGCAACCUAACAGUCGAGGGGCCUCUGGGGCGAUGUCAACUAAAAGCAUUUCCUCGCACCGUAUGAACUGCAGGACUGAGACAGCUCCAUACAUUGAGCUCGCCGUCGACGAACGAUCGAAACUGUGCUCACCGAAGAAGCUCGUGUACGAAGCUGCAGAUGAAAGUCCGAUUUCUGUUGCCGAAUGA